GACUACAAAUCCCAGAGGCUUCCGCGCCUGUACGCUGCGGGCACUGUCUGGAGAGGCAAGUAGUCUCCGCUCCAGGUGGACUGUGCUGAUUCUGCUGCGGCUCCCAUAGCGGACUUUGUAUGGUGAAGAUGGCUAGCCCUGGAAAAUAUAUUGAAAUAGUGGUCCAGCAGCUUAACAAAUUUAAUCCUGAAAAUGAGAGCAUAGAGCAUCUCUUGGAUGAGUCAGCUAAAGUUUUACAGACCCUUAAUGUGACAGAUGGAGCAUUUGAGUUGGAGACUCUAGCUGGAUGUAUUGAAUAUAAACCUUUAAUGGACAUAGUAGUCAAUGCAUUUUUUGUUCGGGAUGGGAAGCAUUGCCUGUCUUCUGAGCGCAAUCUCUAUGUGGUUAUUUGCUAUUUGGCCACUUUUCAACUGGAGGAGCUUGGUCUUCAGCAAUUCAGCAGAAUUGUCAAAUCUCUGGACAUUGCUAAAAUGUAUAAGUUUCUUAGAUUCUUCUUCAGUGUCUUGAAUUUGAGUACAUGGAUAAAAGAUGAAUGGAGUCAGAUAUAUGAUUCUGUUUAUGUAAAAGAGAACUGGAUUGAUCCAUUGCUAGGAUGGCAGCCAAAAAUAGAACAAUUGAUCAAGCAACUUGCUGACAAAUUAGCGAAUCGUGUUACCACUGUAAAGACUUCGACGGUCACAAAGCCAAAGGAAUUUGAUUUGACCACCCCUAAGCCACGAGCCAUAACAAUACCUGAGCCAAUACCAUUACAGGAGAAGCAUCGACCUGUUCCUCAGAGCACCUACAAACCUCCAAAGGAAAAACAGCACCUGCAGGAAAUCAAGUAUAGAAAUCGCAGAAGAGCAGAGGAACUGCUGCUGGAAGCAAAUGUUAGCCAGUUCAGGUGUGCAACCGUAAAGCCUGAGAAAAAAGCCCCGAGAGGUUAUAUAUCCGGCAUUAUGAAGAAUAAAACGAAGUUCCAAGCUCAAAAGAUCCAGGGCAAGAUUGACAACGUACCUAUUAAAUUAAAUGCAACAGCAAUCUUAAGAGAAGGUGCUCACUACCAGCGAAAAAUGGAACAAGAACUCAACAGAAUUGAAAGUUUGCUACGAGGUGCCCAUGACGCAUCUGAAUUCCUGGAAUGGCAAAAACAGAUGCGUGAAAAAGAUUUGGAACAACAGCUGGCUGAGAUAGAAUGUAGGAGGCUACAAGGGAAACUGAGUCACGAGGAGGCAGUUCUAGCACAUCAGAAUGUAAUUCAGGAAAACAAGAAGAAAGCUGAACUAAAAAGAGAAGAGACAGCAGAAUUGAUGCAGCAAUAUGCAGAGAAACGUCUUCAGGAAGCGAAGGAAAUGAGAGAGUUGGUGGAGCAGGUAGUGGAAGGACAUAAAAACGUGAAGCAAGCACGAAUGAAGCUCCAGAAGUACAAACGACAAAUAGUUCAGGAAGUGUCUGAGGAGAGCCGAGAACUUCUUCGUCAAGCUCUGGAAGAAGAGGAAGAGAAGAUUAGGAAAAGAUAUGAAUUGAUUCAACAGAUAAGAGCUAUAGAAUCUCUGCCACUCUUUAGGAACAAGUUUGUUGACUUAACCCAGACUGCUGGCUAUGGCUUCAGUGGUGAAAUGUCAAUAGUGGAACUGCGUGAACGCCUAGCUUUACUGAAAGAAGCACAGAAGAAGGCAGAGGAGGAGAAGAGAGACCAGAUAAUACAUGAAAAACAAGCCAAGGAACAACAACUUCUAGACAAACUGGAGCAGAUUUCCGUGUUCAGAGCAGCACUUGGAAGAGCAGCUGCAUUAAAGCAGGAAGAGAAGAAAAUAAAGUCCAGGUUAACUGAAGGACCUGUGAAAGAUGAACGUGUUUUAGAUCUGCAGAAAAAGAUUAUAGAGAAAACUAUGGAGCGUAAAAAGCAAGCUGAAAUCUUAAAGAUUACACCCCAGAAAGAUGGUGCAGGGCCAGGGAGAUCUUGGGAGUCAUAUGAAAACUCUCUACAAGAGCCCCACUGGAAAGAGAUGGAAGAGAGUCGGGAACAACAGUUCAAGAUGCUUCAGAAUGGCUUAAUGUCCAGAGAAACAGCUCAGAAAAUGGCUGCAUAUCAGGCUGCAAGAAUUGGAGCCACUUCUUGUAUAUUGAGAUAAUACGUAAAAUGAAAUGACUCUGGAAGAAAUCCAGACCUGGUGGAGAUGGGAGCACUUCCUAUUGUGACUGCUAAUGCCAGGGUUGAAUUUAGACCUUUUUCUAAUAUGUGUAGGCUGCAGAGUCAAAUUACGGUUGGCACCGGCAUAACCGAAGCAGAAUUUGCUAACUUGUAUUUUAAAUCUGUGUUGGGACAUUUUUCCAUUUAGAAUUAAAACAUGUAAUAGAUUAAAUAUUUACCUUGCAAUUUGUUUAUGGUGACAAACUAACAGGUAAGAAUGUUAUAGAGAGGACUUUGAAUGUAUACCCUGCCAUUGUUAUAUGCUAUGCCAGUUGUUUGCUAUGUUCAUUUUCUGAAAUAAAAAGUAAAAAUAUGUG